AUGGCCUGGACUAACGUCAAUUACCUCCCUUUAGUCAACAAGGCUCGACGAAUCUACGACCUCAACAACGUACCCUUGGUCCAAGGCGUCUCUCUUAUAAAAUGGCAUUUGCCGCACUCUAUCCAUAGCGAGCACCGCGGGCGGACCGGAAAGUGCCCCAUCGCCAACCACCGCGUCGAGUACGGCUACGGCAAAGUUAUCCCCGUACGCAUUGGCAUCGACAAGAGUAAUAACUUGUCCGAAUGCCUGAUUGAGUUCGAGGUUCUACAGGAAUUUAGCACUCAUGGAGGCAUCCCGGGGAGGAGUGAGACCAUCACGUUGGGCAAGGUCACUUUAAAUUUAAGCGAAUACGUCGAGGAGAGCGAGACCGUGGUGCGCGAGGCGCCGUUCCGGAGACGCGGCCCCAGUGUCGGCAGCACAGCUAAUACUUCUGCUGGAAACGCCGCCAACGGGGCGCAUCACACACGAAAGAGGAGCAGUCUAUCUCAACACUCGCCCAUCACCCCAGAUUCAAACGUCAGCCCGACAUCCACAGCCCUACCUUCAAAACCAAACUCCAGCGAGGCCACCAACAACAAGGCCCCUUCCAUUAACGAACCCGCCACGGAUCAACAUGUCGAAGAAGGCGUCAUCCGGCGGUACCUGAUGCAGGACUCCAAGAUUAACAGCACUUUAAAAAUUGGCAUCCUCAUGAUGCAGGUCGACGGCGAGCGAAACUUCUCCGCGCCCCCGCUCAAGACGGCCGCCGUCUUCGGGGGCAUAGCAGGCAUGGUGACCGAGGCAGCCGGCGGCGCCGGCGGAGUAGCGUCGGGCCCAGACUCGGCAGCGGCCGAAUUCGGGCACCUGCACCUGCAGGACGACACGCAAGACCCAAGCGGCGGCAACCUGAGCGCGCAGUUCUCGAUCGGCAAGAACAACGGCAAGUCGCGCGACGUCUAUGAGCUGCAGGACAUGUACCGCCGCGCGCUGGCCGCCAGCUGGGCGUGCCAGCCCGGCGAGCUGCCGGCCGACGAGUGCAUCGAGGACAUCUUCGAGGGCGGCGACGGCUUCGGCGAGCCCGACGGCGGCUCUCCGGUCGCCCCCUCCACCGCCGGCGACGCCACGCCCCGCGGCCACCACAGCCACCACCGCUCGCGCCACUCCCUGUCCAGGAUCGGCGGCAGGCUCGGCCUCAGGCGGGAAGAUAGCAGCAGCGCCGGCGACGACGAAUUCCUGCGGCCCAGCGACAGGAGGGGCAUGGGCGGGCAGAAGAGGCAGCACUCGCGGCACGGCAGCGGGGAGAGCGUCAACACCGUGACGGCAAGGCAUGACCACGCGCCGCACCACAACGGGCUCCGUGCCGGCAGUGGGCACCGGAGGGACGGGAGCAAGGACAGCUUGCGGGCCCCAAGCACGGGGGGGAUGCGGGGACGGAGCGAGAGCUUGUCGAGCCUGGCUGCAACGAUCGAGAGCGAGAGAGGGAGGAGCGGGUUCAAAAGCACAAAGGAGGUCAACGAGUUCGAUGUGCGGGAGGACAUGGUUGCUUGGAAGCUGCCUGGCACUGUUGUUUAA